CAUUGGACCACUGUUUUUUGUCUCUCCUUGAUCAUUGGAUAUUCCUCUUUGAUCUACCCGAGCUCUACGAUCUACUAUCUUUACAAAAAGAUUCGACUCUCGCAACAAUGUACGACUCGAAGAGGCUUUCGGCCCUCCUAUGCCUGUUCUUGACUGCCGGACCUGCUUCUGUUCUGUCCGUGCCUGUUGCCAAGGACUACGGCAUUGUUUCAAGACAGAUCAACAGCGAGGCUGAGGCAGGAUCUAACUGGGAUAUUUCAAUCCCCGACGGGCCGUCAUACACCAGCGGCGCUUACGGAUCCUCCUCCUACCAUGAAAACCCUGGCAAAAACGGCGGCUCCAGCUUCUCAUCCGGAGCUGAUGCCAGCGAUGACACAACCAUCGCUAUUCCGGACGGUCCUAGCGUUAAGAUGGGCAACUUCGCACACUACAGCUAUGAAGAGACUGAGCCAGUGCCCGAGACUUUCCCGACUCCCACUCCUACACCAAAAGCACCAGAGCCUUCCCCUCCACCUACUAAAGUUCCGGUCCAGCCCAUUCUGCCUCCGUCCCCAACCCCCUUUGUACCUACCCCUCCCCUAACCACAGCUCCUGCUCCUGCUCCUCCCGCACCAUCUCCUCCUGCUCCAUCCCCUCCUGCUCCAUCCCCUCCUGCACCUGCUCCUGCCCCACCAGUUGAGGGUCCCGAACAACCAGUUGAAGCAUGCCCAGCCCCCGAGCCAGAGCGUCAGCCUCAGCGUCAGCCUGCACCGGAGCCGGUGGCCGUUCUAGAGCCCACCAUCCCCCACUCUGCAUCUCCAGCAGAGCCAGCCUCCACCUGCAAAUGCGCAGCCUAAAUUCUGUUUGUUGCACCGCGUAUUUUCUAUUGUCAAAGGGCUGAUACCAAACCUGAAACACCCUUCCAACACACUCCCUUACCUUUCUUUAUGUGAAAAUUGACCUGUUGAUUGCCUCUAAUCUCUACGUUCCGAGGAGUCCGCGGCAGUUGACCCUAUAUAUUUUUUUUAUUUUCGGGUGUAUUCGUCUCUAUAUGUUAUUCUUGCUGUUGGGUUUAUUAUUUGCAAUGUGAUCUUAUUUUGAUA